AUGUUAUAAAGCAACUUAGAAUGGUAAAUCAAAGUAAAUGAGAAAAAUCUACAUGUAUUUUUUAGUUGUUAAUUUUAGUCAUCAUUUCACAAGAUCAAUAAUUUUAUUGAUUAGUAUUGGAUCAGAAUUAUCUUGCCAGAAGUUAAUGAAUUCAAUUUAGUUGGCCAAUCCAUUUUUUAAUCGAAUAUGGUAUAAGAAUUGAUGCCCCUUAUCAAUUAAAAAUCAUAACCUAAGAUGCAAUAAGACCUAAACUUCAUGUUAAUACAAUUAAAAGCCAUAAAAUACUAGAACUUUUGAGGUGCUUUUGCUUUUAAUAAUGAUUGCUCAAUGUUGUAGUUAGAUGCGGUAAUGAAAUAAUAGUAUAUGAAUUCGAAUAAGGAAAGUUAAAAUAAACUUAAGUAAUUAGUUCAACAUCAAAUAGUGUGUUUACAUUGAAUUUUAUGAAAAAAUCCAAUUAGUUGAUAUCUGGGAUAAAGCUGGUUUGAUUUGGUCAAUCAUUAACAAAAAU